AUGGCAUCUGUUUCAGUUGAACCACAACUGAGUGUGGUGACCAGGGUGGCCAGCCUCCCCUUGGUGAGCUCCACGUGUGAUUUGGUCUCGUCGGCUUACAUCAGUACAAAGGAUCAGUAUCCUUACUUGAAGUCUCUGUGUGAGAUGGCAGAGAAGGGCAUGAAGACCAUCACUUCUGUGGCUGUGACCAGCGCGCUGCCAAUCAUCCAAAAGCUAGAGCCACAAAUUGCUGUUGCCAAUACCUAUGCCUGUAAGGGGCUAGACAGGAUUGAGGAGAAGCUGCCUAUUCUGAAUCAGCCAACAAACCAGGUUGUGGCCAAUGCCAAAGGGGCUGUGACGGGGGCAAGAGAUGCUGUGACGACUACUGUGACUGGGGCCAGGGAUUCUGUGGCCAGCACAAUCACUGGGGUGGUGGACAGGACCAAGGGAGCUGUGACUGGUAGUGUGGAGAAGACCAAGUCCAUGGUCAAUGGCAGCAUUCACACAGUCCUGGGAAGUCGGGUGAUGCAGCUGAUGAGCAGUGGAAUGGAAAAUGCACUCACCAAAUCGGAGCUGCUGGUAGACCAGUACCUUCCUCUUACCAAGGAUGAACUAGAAAAAGAAGCCAAAAAAGUGGAAGGAUUCGAUACGGUUCAGAAGCCAAGUUACUAUGUUAGACUGGGAUCACUGUCCACCAAGCUGCGCUCACGGGCCUACCAGCAGGCCCUCUGCAGGGUUGAAGAAGCUAAGCAAAAAGGCCAGGAGACCAUUUCUCAGCUCCAUUCCACUGUCAACCUGAUUGAACUUGCCAGGAAGAAUGUGCAUAAUGCCAACCAGAAAAUUCAGGAUGCUCAGGAUAAGCUCUAUCUGUCCUGGCUGGAGUGGAAGAGAAGCAUCGGCUACGAUGAUACAGAUGAAUCGCACUGUGCUGAGCACAUUGAGUCACGUACUCUUGCUAUUGCCCGGAACCUGACUCAGCAGCUCCAGACCACGUGCCACACCCUCCUGUCCAACAUCCAGGGGUUACCACAGAACAUUCAAGAUCGGGCCAAGCACUUGGGGGUGAUGGCUGGUGACAUCUAUGCUGUGUUUCGCAAUGCUGCCUCCUUUAAAGAAGUGUCUGAUGGCCUCCUUGCUUCCAGCAAGGGGCAGCUGCAGAAAAUGAAGGAGUCUUUAGAUGAUGUGAUGGAUUAUCUUGUUAACAACACACCCCUCAACUGGCUGGCACUUGAUUUCAGUAUCACAGACUUGACAUCUGAGACUGAUGAAAUUCCAGAUAUUAUAGCUUUGGAAGAGGAGGAUGGACCAAAUCAUUCUCAUGCUAAUGGCCCUGAGCCUUCUCAGGGCAAAACGUUGAAUAACUAA